AUGCCAUCAGAAAACCCAUCCAUCUUCGUCUGCGGUCCCCAGACCACAACCCUCCCACCCCAGGAAUACUUCGUCCAUCUACGACAAACCCUGCGCUAUGACUCAACGCUGGAAGCAAUCGACACCGCAAUCGCAGAACUACCCGAGAUCUGGAAAACACUCGUGAACGAACAUCCCGGGUUGAACGAACUCCACGGCAACGGCAUCCUUCGAGACAUGAAUGGAUGGAUAACGGGCGAUAGCGACAAUUUAGGAUACUCGAAAUCUCUGUUGUCGAAUAUGCAUCUUGGGCCGUUGACCGUCGUGUUACAAGUCAUGGAGUAUUUAAAUUAUCUCGCCCGAGAAGGGGUCGAUCAUUCUGAGGUUAUGGGGUCUGUGGCGCGCGGAGGGUUUCAGGGACUUUGUACGGGGUUCUUUACUGCGAGCGCGCUGUCUUGUUCGAAGGAUACGGCGGAGAUUGGGAAACAUGUGGCUGUUGCGUUGCGGUUGGCGCUGUGUAUUGGGGCGAUGGUGGAUUUGGAGAAUCAGUCUGGUGUGCUGCCGGCUGGGAUGAUUUCUGUCACAGUGCGUUGGACGUCUGGAUCGGACCGGAGGAGGGUGAUGGAUAUUCUGGGGAGGCACGAAGAGGCAUACCUUUCCGUAAACAUGGACACCCACAGCAUCUCCAUCACAACCGCUGAGACAGACCUACCGUCCAUCUUCCACGAUCUCAGUCGCAUCGGUGUCCAGGUUACUUCCAUCGGGUCGAAAGGCAGAUUCCAUCAUCCGCAGGAUAGCGCGGCCGUUGCUAUCUCGCACAAAGUCUUCGCUGCCUCUCCCGAUCUGUUCCAUUUCCCACAAGACAACCACGCGUUGGUCCCUCUGCGGAGCAAUGAUAGCGGUGCGCUCGUGAACCCUGGAGAGCCGCUGCAUCAAACGGCGUUGCGAUGCUCGCUGCUCGAGAUGGCAGAUUGGCAUGCGACUAUGUCUACUGCUGUCGCGACGAUUCGAGUCGAUUUUGAAUGA